AUAAAUAAUGAAUUAAAUUAUUAUAGUGUUAUGUAUUAGUAAAUUAAUUUAAGUGUUUAUUGUUCAUCAAAAGUUAAUUAAAGUGUAUAAAAAGGAUUUAAUACUAAUUAUUAUAGUAAUUAAUUAAUGACGCAAUAACAUAAACAUUUCUAAAUAAUACAUUGUUUAUUGAAAGUGAUUAAGAUGAAUGCAAAAUAAGCGUGAAAAAAAUCAAAAUAAAGUUAAAGAAAAAGAAAAUUAAAAAAAUAAAGUGCAGUGUUAAAUAAAAAAUAUUUUUAUACAAAAAUAUUACUAAAAUAAAAAUAGAACAAUGUUGAAUUUUAAUAUUUGUAGGACUUUUAUAAUAUUAGUGUGUGUUAUUGGUUCUAAUGGGCGAACUAUACAAACACAUAAUAAUCUGUUAUCAUCAAGAUCUUUGUUCGAUGAAAAGAACAAAGAACACUGGAAGAUCCAAGCACAGUGGACGUUACGAACAAAGCUCGACACUCAACUCAACACCCAAGUGGCGAAGAACGUGAUUCUGUUCCUCGGAGACGGUAUGAGUAUACCAACGCUGGCAGCCACGAGGGUGUAUAUUGGCAGGAAGUAUGGACGCACGGGGGAGGAACUGAAACUGAGCUUCGAGUCCUUUCCAUUUACUGGAUUAGCUAAGACCUACUGCGUAGACCACAACGUAGCGGAUUCAGCAUGCAGUGGCACUGCCUACCUCUCCGGCGUCAAAGCAAACAGUGGCACUGUCGGCGUCAGUGCAGCCGUCAAACGCGGUGACUGCAAGGGACAGCAGGACCCGCACAACACGGUCACAGGCCUCAUGGACUGGGCUCAAAGGGCUGGGAAAUCUACUGGUAUAGUGACGACAACGCGAGUCACUCACGCCUCACCCGCGGCGGCCUACGCGCAUUCGGCUGAACGGAAGUGGGAAGCGGACGCAGAUCUGACGGAACAAGGCCGAAGCUGCGAGGACAUUGCGAGCCAACUCGUACGAGGGCGUGUUGGCAGUCAUAUUGACGUAGUAUUUGGAGGCGGCCGGAAAAACUUCUACUCACAGAAAGACAAGGACUCCAACGGUAAUCUCGGAUACAGAAAUGACGGAAGAAAUCUGAUAAGAGAGUGGAUAAUAAAUAAACAAAGUAAAGGAGCCACACCUACGUACAUAGAGAAUAGAAGAGAUCUUCUGAACCUUGAUAAGAGGGCAUAUAACAGUGUCUUGGGGUUGUUUGCUUCUGAUCACAUGCCAUAUAACCUUGAAGCUGAAGCCAAUAAUCCGACAUUAAGUGAAAUGACACAGAAGGCUAUCGAAAUUCUGUCGCAAAAUAAAAAUGGAUAUUUCUUAUUCGUUGAAGGUGGAAGAAUCGACACAGCCCAUCAUGAGACGAAAGCACGUAAAGCAUUGGAUGAGACGGCUGAACUGGCGAAGGCCGUGGAGGCAGCGAUGCGUAUGGUGGACCCUGCGAACACCCUGAUAGUGGUGACCUCAGACCACAGCCACACCAUGAGCUACAGCGGCUACAGUAAACGAGGAUCAGAUAUAUUAGGACUGGUUAAUGCUAAGUUUAAUGGAUCAGACAAUUUGCCGUACAGCACUUUAAGCUACGCCAACGGGCCUGGCUACAAGCCACACAGCGACUUCAGGAGACACAACCUUGUUCUGGAUGAUAUGAAUGACUUGAACUACACGUUCCCGUCGUUAGUGCCCAUGCCCCGCGAGACGCACGGGGGGGAGGACGUGGCCGUGUUCGCCAAGGGCCCAUGGGCACACCUCUUCAGCGGCAACUACGAGCAGAACUUCAUACCACACGCUAUAGCCUACGCCGCUUGCAUAGGGCCCGGGCUCACCAAAUGCAGCUUAUGAUAGA